AUGACCGAAGAACUGGACGCACUUAAGGCAAAUGACGUCUGGGAGAUCGUUGUGCCACCAGAAAAUGCACAAGUUCUACACAACAAAUGGGUCUACAAGACAAAGACCGACGCGAACGGGGACAUCGAGCGCAGUCAUGGACUUGGGAACGGUAAAGCUGAUCCUGGCGCUUUCGAGACGCUGGAAGGUACCGGCGCGCCACGGUGA